UGCACGCAGAAUGAAGUCUUCUGUCGUCAUGUUGACAGUUGUCCUUCUGUACAGUCUGUUAUGUGUUAGAACAGAGGCUAAUAUCUGGGACCUUGGGGGACAGUGGAAGGUGUAUAAUGUCAGUUCUAGUCAGUCGAUUAAGGCCUGGGUGCCAGGGACGAUAUACACGGCCCUCUCCCCUAAGGUGAUUGGGGAGCCGUAUUACAGGUUCAACGAUGACUUGUACAGAUGGGUGGCAACUGCGAACUGGACCUACUCAAGGCAAUUCACAGCUACAUCUGAAAUGCUGGCUAUGGAGAGGUUACAGCUCAUCUGUGAUGGCGUGGACACAGUGUCUGAUAUCUACAUCAAUGACAGAUAUAUCGGAUCCACCAAAGACGCCUUUCUACAGUAUGUCUUCGAUGUGAAGGACAUGGUUGUGGCAGGUGAAAACACGAUUGAUGUGAGACUACAGAGCCCUGUGUCGUACGCCAUGAACCAGUCGGCUAACUACCCCUACCUUGUUCCCCCAAAGUGCCCACCAGAGGAGCAACACGGCUGGUGCUACGUGAACUUCAUUCGCAAACCACAGUUUUCCUUCAGCUGGGAUUGGGCGCCAUCGUUCCCGACUUCAGGCAUCUGGCGAAACAUUUCCAUCCACGGUUACCAGGGUAUUGACUUCCGUUAUAUCACCAUAGAGACGACGAAAGCACUGAACUACUCUGGUUGGAUGGUGAACGCCAAAGUGUUCUACGAGUUGUCCCGAUCCUCCGUGGACACCGUCGUCACUUACAGCAUCCCGAAUCUCCACUGUCAGGGAAAGUUCCCCCUGACGCUCAAAGAUGACGCAGUGUUCUUUCUCCUGACUUGCAUCGUGGCCGACAAUGUGGAGCUGUGGUGGCCGCGUGGCUACGGGGCCCAACCUCUGUACACACUUGUGGUGGAGGCACUGGAUACAUCUGGGACACCACAAGCCGCCAAAAUUGUCCGCUUCGGGUUUCGAACCGUUGACGUAGAGCAGUACACUCCAGCCGAUACACACACCGGUUUGACCUUUUCCUUCAUCGUCAACGAGAUUCCCAUAUUUGCUAAGGGUUCCAACUGGGUUCCAGCUGAUAGUUUUCAGGAGAGAGUUACCUCCAGUUAUCGCCGUCGCCUUCUUCAGUCCGCGGCAGACGCCAAUAUGAACAUGCUGAGGAUUUGUGCCGUGGGCAUCUAUGAGCAUGACGAAUUCUAUGACAUUGCCGACGAGCUUGGUCUCAUGAUAUUCCACGACAUUGUGGGGUUUAACUGUGCUAUGUAUCCUCGGGAUCCAGACUUCCUGACCACUGUGACGCAGGAGGUCACCCAUCAGGUCAGGCGACUGCAACAUCACCCAUCCAUAGUGAUCUGGUCAGGCAACAAUAAAAAUGAGCUUGGUUUAGCCCUGAAUCUAUAUGGUACAAAUUCUAACUUUACGCUGUAUAAGUCGGAUUAUUUGAGUCUAUACAUCGAUACUAUCAUGACGGUCGUGGAGAGAGAGGACGGCACUAGGACUUUUAUCGACUCCAGCCCUAACAACGGGGCCAGAACAGUACAAGAUGGCUGGGUGUCACAGAACCCUAAUGACACCCUCUACGGCACCGUGGACCAUUUUGAAUACGAUCACGACGCUUGGGACUGGACAGUGUACCCAGUGGGGCGUUUUGUAACAGAGUAUGGGCUACAAUCCUGGCCCUCUCUCACUACACUAAAGACGGCAUCGGAACCCCAGGACUGGAACUACGACAGUCCGUUCUGCGAGCACAGGCAACAUUCCGUCAACGGUCUGGUAAAGUAUGGUAAAGUACAAAGACCCGUUAAGGAGAUUCGGGAUAUUAUAUAUCUGACACAGAUUAACCAGGCGAUUGCGCUGAAGACAUACUCCGAGCUUCUACGACGGCGCCAAAACGAGGCUGUAAAUGGCGAGGGGUUCACCAUGGGUGCUCUGUUCUGGCAGCUUGAGGAUAUAUGGCAAGCCCCUACUUGGGCCUCUAUAGAGUAUGGAGGCAAAUGGAAGAUGCUUCAUUACUACGCUGUGCGCUUCUUUAGUGACACCCUGAUAUCCCCGUACAUCGACCAAUCAGAGUUGAAGGUUUACUACAUCCAGGACUUUCCGUCGGUACCCAGAAAGGCUAACGAUUCCAGUACAAAUGUACUCAAUAUUAGAGUUCGAUCCUGGAGCAGUUUUACUGUCCAGUACAGGGUUGAUGUCCCUUUCUUACGGCCCAGCCAGAGAGCAUCCUCAAUAUACAACAGACCCUUAUCUACUAUAUUGGCGAAUACAAAUUGUCCGUCCAAAGCCUAUUGUUUCUUGGAAUUUGGACUCAAUGAAAAUUUCACCACUGGCAACUGGUUACUACUGACGUAUCCAAAGGACACGAAGGGACUACAUCGGGCUUCUAUAAAGAUAGGAGAUCCGCACCUCAAUCAGGACGGGACGUUCACACUCCAACUCUCCUCCACCACAGUCGCCAUGUUUGUUUGGCUGGAUACAGGAGUGAUAGAGGGGCGGUUUUCUGACAACGGCUUCAUCAUGAGUGAACCUUCUCGAGACGUCGUCUUCUACCCAUGGCAAAAUGUCUCCGUCGUUGAUUUGAAGACCAAUUUGACAGUCACUUCCCUGGCCAACGUUUACGAAUAACUUCGCAUCAGCAGCAAAUCGGGAUAGCUGUAUGUGCAGUCUUAUGUGAUAUUAAAAAAUCAAAAAUAAAAAACGUUGCUCUGCUAUCAACAAGAGAUGUAAUUCUUUCAAAAAGUAAUAAUCUAUUAAAUUUAACCGAUAGCCUGUUAUUGCAACAGAUUAUUAUGUUAAAUAAAGCACUAUGUUAAUUAAAACGUAAAAAUUGUAUUAGGCUAACAUGAUGUUAUAUUGAAUAUGACACAGUGAUCAAAUACAUUC